UUCCCGCCCCCCUUAUUGUGCCCCCAGAGUUGUUUAUGACGGAGUUUGCACACGUGCGGAUGCUGCGGGUCCUGCUGGAGGUUUUCUACCAGCCACUGCUUGCUGACAGCUUCCUUGCAGAGGAUGAGCUUGUUGCCAUGUUUUCCCGGCCUGGAGGACCUGCUCGAGGUGCACGGUCUUUUCCUUGAGAGCCUGCGGGAACUGCGGGAUGACAACAACUACGUCGUCCCUGAGAUUGGGGAUGUGCUCCUGGCCCGGUUCGAGGGCACGGAGGGUGGCUGGUUCGAGAAGAUUUCAGCACGGUUCUGCAGCUGCCAGUCCCACACCCUGAAGCAGCUCAAGGCUAAGCAACGCCGGGACCCACGCUUUGCACAGUUCAUCCAGGAGGCGGAGAGCCAGGCACGCUGCCGGCGGCUGCAGCUGAAGGACAUUGUACCCAUUGAGAUGCAACGACUCACCAAGUACCCGCUGCUGCUGCAGAACAUCGCCAAGUACACUGAGGCACCAGAGGAGCGGGCACGGGUGGAGCAUGCAGCUGAGUGCUGCCGUCACAUCCUGCACCGCGUCAACCAGGAGGUGCGCGACAUGGAGAACUUCAUGAAGAUGAAGGACUACCAGGGCCGCCUGGACCUGUCCUACAUGAAGCAGAGCUCAGACCCACUGCUCAGCGACUUCAAGGUGUCCGACAUUACCAAGCGGCACCUGGUGCACGAGGGGUUGCUGACCUGGCCGCGUCUCCAAGGACAAGGCUGUGGAGGUGCAGGCGCUGCUGCUGGACGAUCUGCUGGUGCUGCUGCAGCGGCAGGAGGAGCGCCUGGUGCUGCGCUGCCAGAGCCGCCCGGUCAGCGCCCUCGACACCGCCAAGCUCAGCCUCAGCCCCAUCGUGCGGCUCAGCUCCGCCAUCACGCGCCAGGUAGCCACAGACCGCAAGGCCUUUUACGUCAUCAGCAGCUGUGAGAAGGCACCACAGAUCUACGAGCUGGUGGCACAGACGGUGUCGGAGAUGAAGAGCUGGUGCUCGCUGAUCGACAAGACGGCUGGGAGCAUCAAACUGCCCGAGUCCAGUUCGGUGAAACAUUCUCGGCCUGGACAGAACCCGCCCAGCCCCAGCUACUGCCGGGAGCCGCUGCUCAGCACCUCUGAGAAUGGGGCGUCACUGAAGGAGGACAGACGGUGAGUGUGGGGGGCCCUGGACUCCUGGGUUCCUCUCAUUGGGGGCAACGCUAAGGACUCCUGGGUCCCCCCGGUCUUACCUGCCCUCCCCACAGAGCGCGACAAGGACAGGGCACUGGAGGGGGCUGAGUUUGAGGAGUGCAGCCCUGUGCCCCACCCCCACAACGAUACCCCUGCCCUGGCCGCGCUGCUGCCCUGGCGCGGCCCCUGGGGGGUGCCCGAAGGGGCGCUGGCGGCCACCGCAUUGCAAAGAGUGUCAGCGCUGCGGCGGCUGCUGCUGGGGGAGGGCGAUGUGGCCCCCCCCACGCCCCCUCCCCAGGCCGGAGCGGAGGCUGAGGAGGCACCAGGUGAGCGGGACCCAGGCGAUGGCGCCGAGGGCUCGGAGGCGGCUCAGGUACCGGCAGGAGUGCAACAUCAUGCGAUACCACGGGGGGGGGGGGGGCGCAUUGUGGGAUACACUAGAGGGUAGGAUGGGGCAUUGUGGGAUUGGCCUUUUGGGGUGGGAAAGGCAUUGUGGACGGGCAUCAUGGGAUACGUUGGGGAGACAGGACGGAGCCACUCUGGGAUGCAGGGAUAGGGGGCUGGAAGCUCCCAGCCUGACCCUGUCUCCCUGGCAGGGGGGGUCCCUGAAUGGCCCCCGGCCUCCGGCCCGGGGGGGCCCUGGCACCCCCCCACCGCUGCCCUCCCGCCUGGCUGCGCUGGCCCGGGACGAGCUGCAGCCCCUGGAGCUCACGCUGCAUGCGCUCAGGAACUUGGAGGAAGAGUUCUGGCUGCUCCAGGGGGCUCUGGCCAAGUGCGGCCCCCCCGCACCUGGCUUCACGUGAGGGCCCUGCAGGUCCCUGGAGCCGAUACCCCUCAGUUCCCCCCAGCUCUGCAUCUGGAUCGGGGCCAUGGGGGUCAGCCUUUUGCUGGAGACUUUUUAUAUAUAUAUAUCAGAGGUUUUAAUGGAGUUUUUAUGCGGGGGUGGGGGGGAGAUCUUGCUGCCAAUAAAGUCCUGCUUUCC